AUGUCUUCUUCUUCUCUUUCUUCUGGAGAUGGUUCCCCAGACGAUCACUCGUAUUGAUAAGUGCAGUAACGUUAGUUAUCAUGCUGUUAACCAAAAGCCUUGAAGUAUUCUAUGACUUUUUCGCUUAGUCUGCGAGAAACUUUUGUCGAGAACUCUUAGUUGCGGAGAACAGGCCUUGGGAACAGCCGAAUGUCUCGUCAAUUAGGAGGACCUUAUACUUUCUAAAAAAAAUGAAACAGCAUGCAUUUUAACCACGCAUAAAUGACUGGUUACUGUUUAUGACGAUCCAGCAAAAGAAUCCAAAUGCAUUUUUAAAAUCUUUUUGAUGGUUUGUUUUAAUAGUCUGAGAUCAACACUUUCAACAACACUGUCCAUCACGCGUACGCAACUUUAGACAAGCGCACUGAAGCUAUGAGCCAGAAGCUACAACUUCAUGGAAGGUACCAUGAUUGCUCUUUUAUAUGUAUUUUUUCUAAGUUUCGUUGGGAAAUACAUGCUACCAUCUUUUUUUUAAUACUGAACUAUGUAGAUCAGACGGAAUAUGUACUAAAAUUCGAAGUGGGCUUUUUAGUCUUGGUUACUACUUCAUGUUCUUAGACCAAUUUCUUUUAAAACAUUUCAAAGCGGUAUUUUAAGUUAAUAGCAUUACGAUCUAGUUAAAAAGCUGUCCAUGUCACCAGUCUUGCGUAUCUUUUUGUUUCAGAUGGCACUCGACGGGUGUGUCUAAUCUGUACCCCAAGGCUCACUCCUGUGUAGCAGUAGAUCAAAUGACAGACAAUAUUAGCUUUACUUCACAAGUACACAAUACAGAGACUCUGAGCUUGGUUUGGGAGAAAGGCAAACCUUAUGUUGUAGUUACUACUGGAGGAUGUUAUUGGUGA